ACUUUACAUAGGCUUGCCAUAACGUGCUUUAACGUUGUGUACGCUUCAAUCGUCUUAAUAAAGUUGGCAUAAUAAAAAAAAAAAACGCGAGAAACAAAACGGACUCGAUUCCUUCAUGGAUCUGCCUAGCUAUGGCUCGAUGAGCUCCGCGGUGGAUUAUCGUCCCCUUCGGAGAUAAACCGGAAGUGCUUUCUCCAAAUUCUCCGGGGAAAGAUGGCGCGAAAAGGGCUUUGGAUUUAGGCGCGAAGCAGGACGGCCGUUCCCGGGAUGACACGACGCGCCCUCAGGUUUAAGUUAUCGCAGGUGGACGCCUCAGAAGCCCCUCUAGCCAAAACGAAAGCAGGGAAAUGUGGCGGUGCCAGAAACCACCAUAUCACAGAAUUCUUUAAGCCAUCUAGCAAGCCGGAUGCACUUAUUUCUGCCUUAAAAGAAACGGUUAACAGUGAUUCAUUGAACCUGCGGUCUCAAGAUGAUGAAUCUUGGAAUAAAACUUCAAACACGUUUCAGGGAUCAAGAAAAAUCUUAAUUCCCUCAGCAAAUGCGAACCUCAGCCUAAGCAGCAACAAAGAAGAUAAGACAAUUGUAAGAAAGUUUGAGACAUUUUGUCCAAAAUGUGGAAGGAGUUUACUGUCUCCAAGGGUGUUUCUGAAGAGACUUAUCUUGCCCGUCAACUCAAAGGUUUAUUUAGAUGGCAAAGGAGGGUAUAAAAUAUUUUCAGGUGAUUUUAAGGCCGUUCAUGCUUUCAGCGCCGAUACUGGUCUGCACUCAUCAUCCAUAACAUGUGGGUCACGUUCUAGAGAUUUGCAGGCACCCCUUGACAUGUGGCAGGAUGAACUAACACAGAAGAACCUAGUUGUCAAUCUAGGGGCAACUGGGUCAGAUCAGUUUGGUCAAAAGGUAGAAAACAUCAUUUCAAGCCCCAGUGUAGUUGAGAAUGCCCUUUUGGCAUCCCCAGCACUUAGUGACUGUCCUCCGUUAUCUGACGCUUCUGAUGAAGACAGUGUAAAGGCAAUGAGGAGACGAACUCCUCAAAGAGCUCUUUGGAAUGCCUUUGAUAGCGAUGAAUCAUUCACAGGCGUUUCCUUAAGUAGCAGUGAUGAUGAGGAAGAAGUGGAAACCUUUAAACCAUUAGAUGAGAUUUUCAACAUGGCAUCUAAAGCGGUUUCGGCAACCCCACAGAACCAUAACCUAGACCGCUCAUUUGUUUCCUCAUCACAGUCUUCAUUUGGAACUCCAGUAACCAAAACUUUCCAGUCUAAUUUGCAAACCCCUUUGCUGUAUGUUAAUAACUUGGAUCGGCUAGUGAAAGAACACGAGGAAUGCAAAAGGAUAGAUGAAAUGGAAAAGCUGCUACAUGAAGAUUUAGAGAGAGGAUUGGGGGUGGCCAGUGGAGAACAAAAUGACAGUGCUGAGGAUGGUGAACUUACAGAUGAGCACAGAGAUAUUUUGGAGAAAUUUAAAUUGGUCACACAUGCUAUACCAGAUCAGCAUCCAGGGGAGGAAAUCUUCAAUCUGCUGGAAUCUGGAACAAUCUUUAGUCUUCGUUCACUUGACUUAAAACAUUCAGACUUCUCUGAUGGGAGCUCUGAGGAAAGUAUCAUUUUCAGCUGUAGUCAAGAAAAUCAAAUCACAUUGGCCACGGAGGGGUUUUUUACUUUUCUGUAUCGAUUUAAGAAAUGUCCUGAUUUCCUAAUGAGAUGGAUGUUCCAGAUGGUUUCGAUUCAUCCAUCAUAUGCGGUGUCCGUUAAACUUCUGCACACGCUGAUAGAAAUUUCUUGCAAUAAUCUUUCAUAUCUGCAAGAAAAGCCCUGGACUCCAUCAUUAUUGGAUAUAGCUACUGUUUUUGCAAACAUGGGGAUUCACUUUGAUACUCUGUUUCCUUUGCCAAACAUUCGUCCUUCAUUUAGCUCCAUAGACUUUGGAUCUGCUUUGCCUCUGGCUGGGUUACUGGAAAGCGGUCGCUCUGAACCAAUAUUUUCUCAUGUUCCAGAAUUUCAGAUUGCUCAUGUGAUUAAGUUUUUAGGUUUUUGUUCCGCCAUCUGCAGAGAAAGCUUUUGUGACCUAGAAAUCCUUGCACUUAUAGUUUUGCUCUUAAAACUGCACUUAGAAAAGGACUUAAAGGACUUUCCUCCAAUGGACUUACACUGCCUCAUUGAAACUCUGCUUCAAAAUAUCAAGUCCUGGGAAACUGUGAUGCCGGAAAUGUUUUAUGCGAUAAGUCAACUUACCACUCACCAUCAUAACUACAUCAAACUGCUGCAACUCAUUCCAACUUCAGAGGACCGUGGGAGACAGUUGCGAAAACACCUCAGUCUAAUUUUCAUGUCCAAUAUUCUGUAUGGAAAUUGCACAUUUGUACCGUUGGACUAUGAUUCUCAGAUGCUCCUUUUAUGUCAAUUAAUGUCUGAAAUGAGGCCGUCUUCAUUGGUGAAGAAAAUGCAACAAUGUCCUGAAAACGAGUCCAAGACUUUACUCAGUUUGGAUCAAGAGGCAUAUUAUCUGACCUUCAGCCUUUUACAUCUUGUAAAUGAUGCAAGUAGCUCAGAUGAGCCGCCUUCCAUACAGAGAAAAUAUCUGCUGAAAUUAUGCACUGAACUGGAGAAGCAUAUAAAAAGUGAUAUCCGGGAGGAUGCAAGAUAUUUUUACCGAACAAAGGUGAAAGAUUUAGUUGCCAGAAUACAUGGUAGAUGGCAAGAACUGCUGCUUUAUUCUCGACCAAAUCAGGGAAAGCUUCAUGAUUACUGGGAGCCAGUGUGUGAUAGCUCAAGCCCCCAGGAAAAUAUUGACGAACCUCAGGAUUUUCUAUAUGAUGACAAUUAAUGUCCAUCUUACCUGAACAAUGUUUACUGUGUGACACUUAAAAACUGCACUUUAAUUAUAGUUUAUUUUUUAUGUUUGUUAUUUAUAAAACAAAAAUUAAAGCAUG